ACCCUCUGUAGUGACAGUCAAGGCAAUAUGGCAGCGCGCAUGGUUCAAAUACUAACGUGAAGGUCUUUUUCGGGUGUGCGCGACCACAUAGUAUCAUACCAGCAGGGAAAGGGGACGGACAGACGUGUGGCAGGCCAGACACAGAGACAAUAUGUCUAAGAUAUCUAAAGCAGCAAAGGCGGUGAAAGAGUUGGAUGCUGGAGGACUGAUCAAAGCAAUCGUACGGUCUGGACAGGCGGCUCCAGGGCCUCCGCUGGGCCCCAUCCUGGGACAGAAAGGGAUUCCCAUCGGAGCCUUCUGCAAAGACUUCAAUGAGAGAACCAAAGACCUCAAAGAAGGCAUUCCUCUUCCCAUCAAGAUCAAUGUAAAGUCGGACAGGACGUAUGACCUGAAAAUUGGGCAGCCCACUGUGUCUUACUUCUUGAAACAGGCCGCCGGCAUUGAGAAAGGAGCAGGAAAGACUGGGCAUGAGAUCGCGGGAUGGUGACUGUGAGGGCCGUGUUAUGAGAUCGCACGGGUCAAAUCGCAGGAUGAGUGCUUUAAGCUGCGGGACACCACCAUGCAGAACGUGGUCAAGAGCAUCAUUGGUUCAGCCAGAUCCCUCGGCAUACAAGUAGUGAAUGACCUGUCACCAGAGGAGUACGGCGAGUUUCUCCGAGAGCGUGAGCUGAGACUGAAGGCUGAAGCAGAAGCCGCCGCAGCUGAGGCAGCAGCAGCAAUCAAGAAGAAAUGAAGAGCUGCUCUGUGCUCCACUUAUUUAUCAUUGAAAAAAAAAAAGACAUCUGUUCACAUGGAUUCCCCCUGCUAUUCCGGUUGUGCUUUUCUAAUAAAAUGCUGCUGAUUUGCAUGUA